GGACGCCAGGAGUCGCCAGGCUGCAGGUGACGCCCGGCCUGGGGGUGGAGUUCGCUUUCACUCUUCCACCCAAGCUGCACCUUGGGGGACAAUAGGAGCAAACUCUCGCUCCACGUGGGUCAUAGCUUUUUAAAGUAACGUCUUGAGGUGACAGAGGUGGAUUGUCCUGGAGAUGCCACUGCAGUAGAGACCCGGGAGGCCUCAGCGGGACCAGGGCAGCCCGGGCGUCGCCGGCUCCGCACCCGCCUCUAGGAGGCGCCGCGAGCGCGCGGGUCCCCGCCCGCCACCAGGGAGGGCGAGCGCGCCUGGGCCAGCCCCCGAGCCGGGCGGGCGGGCCGGAGCAGGCGUGGGGCCCUGUCACCGCCGGAGCACUGCGCGCACCGAGCCGGGACCUGGGCAUCUGGGGGCCGCCGGGCCGGGGUCCUGCUCCCGCUCCCCGGGGAGCAGCUGCCGGGGCGUGGGGCGAUGUGGACUGGGGCCCGCCGCCGUCCCCCGGGCAUCCGGGCGCAGCCGCUCGCGCCCCUCUGGUGCCUCUCCGCGGCGCUGGGAAUGAUGCUGCGCUCCCCUGCCUCGCAGGCGUUCAACUUGGACGUGGACAAGACCACGGUGUACAGCGGCCCCGAGGGCAGCUACUUCGGCUACGCGGUGGAUUUUCACAUUCCCGACGCCCGCACAGCCAGCGUCCUGGUGGGCGCCCCCAAAGCCAACACCAGCCAGCCCGACAUCGUGGAAGGGGGAGCCGUCUACUACUGUCCUUGGCCCGCCAAGGGGUCCGCGCUGUGCAAGCAGAUACCGUUUGACACCACCAACAACAGAAAGAUCAGAGUUAAUGGAACCAAAGAACCUAUAGAGUUUAAAUCAAAUCAAUGGUUCGGGGCAACAGUGAAAGCUCACAAAGGGAAAGUUGUGGCCUGUGCUCCUUUAUAUCAGUGGAGGACUCUUAGACCAACACCCGCAAAGGACCCAGUUGGCACCUGCUAUGUUGCAAUUCAGAAUUUCAGUGCCUAUGCUGAGUAUUCUCCCUGUCGGAACAGCAAUGCUGAUCCUGAAGGCCAAGGUUACUGCCAAGCAGGAUUUAGUCUGGAUUUUUAUAAGAAUGGAGACCUUAUUGUAGGAGGACCUGGGAGUUUUUACUGGCAAGGUCAGGUGAUCACUGCCAGUAUUGCAGACAUCAUUGCAAAUUACUCAUUCAAGGAUAUUCUAAGGAAGUUGGCUGGAGAAAAGCAGACGGAGGUGGCCCCAGCUUCCUAUGAUGACAGUUACCUGGGAUACUCAGUUGCUGCAGGGGAAUUUACUGGAGACUCUCAGCAAGAAUUGGUUGCUGGCGUUCCAAGAGGAGCACAGAAUUUUGGAUAUGUUUCAAUCAUUAACUCUACAGAUAUGACCUUUAUUCAGAAUUUCACGGGUGAACAGAUGGCAUCUUAUUUUGGGUAUACUGUUGUAGUAUCAGAUGUUAACAAUGAUGGAAUGGAUGACAUACUGGUUGGAGCACCUCUCUUUAUGGACCGUGAAUUUGAGAGUAACCCUCGGGAAGUAGGGCAAAUCUUCCUGUAUUUGCAAGUGAGCGCUCUCUUCUUCAGAAACCCCCAGGUGCUCACUGGCACUGAGAUUUUUGGGAGAUUCGGUAGCUCCCUGGCGCACUUAGGGGACCUGAACCAAGAUGGAUACAAUGACAUUGCCAUCGGGGUGCCCUUUGCAGGCAAGGACCAAAGAGGCAAAGUGCUCAUUUACAAUGGGAACAAAGAUGGCUUAAACACCAAACCUUCCCAAACUCUGCAAGGAGUGUGGGCCUCCCAGGCCGUCCCUUCUGGAUUUGGUUUUACUUUAAGAGGAGAUUCAGACAUAGACAAGAAUGAUUACCCAGAUUUGAUCGUGGGCGCAUUUGGGACAGGAAAAGUAGCUGUUUACAGAGCGAGGCCAGUUGUGACGGUGGAUGCUGCACUUGUGCUACACCCAGUGAUCAUCAAUCUUGAAAAUAAAACUUGCCAGAUUCCAGAUUCUAUGACACCUGUGGCCUGCUUUUCUUUAAGAGUGUGUGCGUCUGUAGCAGGCCAGAGCAUUCCAGAUACAAUAGCUAUGGUGGCCGAGGUGCAAUUAGAUUCUCUGAAACAAAAAGGAGCCGUCAAACGAACCCUCUUCCUUAACAACCAUCAGCCCCAUCGCGUCUUCCCUCUUGAGAUAAAGAGGCAGAAACCCCGUCAGUGCCAGGAUUUCAUCGUUUACCUUCGAGAUGAAACUGAAUUCCGAGAUAAAUUAUCUCCAAUCAACAUUAGUUUGAAUUACAGUUUGAAUGAAUCCACUUUUAAAGAAGGCCUGGAAGUGAGACCCAUAUUGAACUACUACAGAGAAAACAUCGUUCGUGAGCAGGCUCACAUCCUGGUAGACUGUGGGGAGGACAACCUCUGUGUUCCUGACUUGAAGCUGUCGGCUAGACCAGAUAAGCAUGAGGUAAUCGUUGGAGAUGAAAAUCACCUUAUGCUCAUAAUAAAUGCGAGGAAUGAGGGGGAAGGAGCCUACGAAGCAGAACUCUUUGUGAUGAUACCAGAAGAGGCAGAUUACGUCGGGAUCGAACGCAACCACAAGGAAUUGCGACCACUGAGCUGUGAGUACAAGAUGGAAAAUGUAACCAGGAUGGUGGUGUGUGACCUCGGGAACCCUAUGGUGGCUGGAACAAAUUAUUCUCUGGGCCUCCGAUUUGCAGUUCCACGUCUUGAGAAAACAAAUAUGAGCAUCAUCUUCCAUCUCCAAACCAGAAGUUCCAACAAGGACAAUCCAGACAGCAAUUUUGUGAGUUUACAAAUCAACAUCACUGCUGUAGCUCAAGUGGAAAUAAGAGGAGUGUCACACCCUCUGCAGAUUGUGCUGCCCAUUCACAGCUGGGAACCCCAAGAGGAGCCCCACAAAGAGGAGGAAGUUGGACCAUUGGUGGAACAUAUUUACGAGCUACACAAUAUUGGACCGAGCGCCAUCAGUGACACCAUUCUGGAAGUAGGCUGGCCAUUCUCUGCCCGGGACGAAUUUCUUCUCUAUAUUUUUCAUAUUCAAAUGCUGGGACCGCUACAGUGUCGAACAAAUCCUGACAUCAACCCACAGGAUAUAAAGCCCGCGGCUCCCCCAGAAGACACCCCUGAGCUUAGCGCUUUUUUGCGAAACUCCACCAUCCCUCAUCUUGUCAGGAAGAGGGAUGCGCCAACAUUUGAGUUCCACAGACAAAGCCCAGCUAAGAUCCUGAAUUGUACAAAUAUUGAGUGUUUACAAAUCUCCUGUGCGGUGGGACGAUUAGGAGGAGGAGAAAGUGCCGUCCUGAAAGUCAGAUCAAGGCUAUGGGCCCACACGUUCCUCCAGAGAAAAAAUGAUCCCUAUGCUCUCGCGUCGCUGGUGUCCUUUGAGGUUAAGAAGAUGCCUUAUAAACGUCAGCCAGCAAAACUCCCAGAAGGAAGCAUCACAAUAAAGACAUCCGUUAUUUGGGCAACGCCAAAUGUGUCUUUCUCAAUCCCAUUAUGGGUAAUAAUACUAGCAAUACUUCUGGGAUUGCUGGUGCUGGCCCUUUUAACCUUAGCGUUAUGGAAGUGUGGAUUCUUUGACAGAGCAAGACCUCCCCAGGAUGAGAUGACCGACAGGGAACAGCUGACGAGUAGCAAGACCCCCGAGGUUGAAAGUCUGGUCAGCUGGAGGAUUUAGAAACUUAAGGUCUGGUUAACUAGUUUUGGAAAUCACUCAAUUUCCUCCUACGAUGACCGCUGUGUGCAGAUGACACUUAACAGAGCUUCUUCAGAUUUCGUAAGGAAAAGCAAAUGGGUAUUAGGAGUCAGCCUCACUUAAUUAGCUUUGCACGGUGUGUUUAUAUUUCCUUUUUGCUAUAUGUAAAAAUCUUUCCACGGGCUUAGUUAAACCGUGAAUUCCAAGGUACUCUCCACCCUGUGGAGUGUCUUAAAGUAAUGGUAAAAUUAGUAAAAAGGACAAAAAUAGGGAUAAACAUUAUUUUACUGUCUAGAAACAGCAGCACCACUCUUUAGAUUGUAAUUAAAUACCAGUCUCAUAAAAAAACAUGUUGAACAUAAGAUGGAAAUAGAUAGACCAAGAAAAUUCAUUGCAAAAGAUUUGAUUUUAAAUUGCUUAUUCUAACUUCAUUACUCUAAUUUUCACUGCUAAUCAUUAGAGCACAUAACUUUGGAGAAUAAUCUUUUAUUUCAGCUUUUUGUCCUAUCAUCUUAACCACUGAAAAUUGUUGAUGUUUAAAACUCUUGUAAAUAAUCCAUAAUAGUGUGUAAUAUUAUCAUUUUUGAUAAAUAGCUGAAUUUAUAUAGUCGGCACAAUUUUGUAUCCUUUUGAUAAUGAAAAAUUACUAUGAAGACACGUGGAAUAAAUUGUUAUGUGCAAUAUUUUAUGGACCUCUGUAUCUGGAGCACGUUUACACUGGCAUUUGUUAUAUUUUUAAUUACUAUCUUAAAUAUUAAGUAUGAUAGGACAAGCUGACCAAAUCCUUAGGUUUACAAAGCCUGUUGGAAAAAAAAUGUUCCAACUUCAACAAUUACGCUGUAUUUGAAAGAGGAACCGAGCUUACAGACACUAAAUUUUAAGUCAUGCCAUCACCUGGAGGGAAGCCAUUUGGCUGUGGCUGCAGAAAGUUGUUGGGGCCACAUUUCUGCAGUUCACAUGCCCCUUGGGAAUUAAAUCCUGUCAUGGUAGCAGUUUCAUGCCUGUCAGGAGCUGAAAUCUGGCUCCCAGUUUGUGUAGCUGGCUAGAGCUGAGGAUUGAAUUUGCCCCCAAAGACUUUGGGGGGGGCCCUGCCAGCCUCCAGGGGGCUUCUGUGUUGGUCCUCCAAGUAGAACCAGUUUUAUAGAUAGCUGGUCAUUAUAAGAUACGGUGUGAGGGACACCAGGCAGCUCUCUCUGCCCUCACAUAACGCCUAAUUCUGGUUGUCCUGCCUGACUUGUGGGUGAUAGAGAUUAGCUUCUCCUGUUGAAUCUGCACCCUCCCGUUUAAGCUAACAUGGGUGAAGGAAUUCAGAAGGCUUAGGGCCUGAGAACCUAGGCCGCAAUAGAGAUAGCUCAUACGUACUCUCGGAGGAAAGUGGAGAUGCCAGGAGGAAGUAAAACCUCCAUCCGUGAGGGCUUCCGAGGGGAAUGGUGCCUUCCCAGAGCCUCAGCCAAGUGCAGCCCCUCCUCGGGGGAAGGGCGCCUCCCACCUGCACCUACGGGCAUUGCAAGGAAGGGGCUGUUGUGCACGGGCACACAGGCCCUCCCUGCCCCUUCCAAUGUG